AUGGACGCAUGCAAGGCCAGCGCCACCUUCCCACUACUCCUACUCCCGCGCGAACUAGUUCUACACAUCCUCUUGUUUCUCUCCACUCCCCGAGACGUCGCGGCGACCGUGCUUACGUGCACGGAGCUAUUCCGCCUCGUUCUUGGGAAUGAACGCCUGGACUAUUUACUACACUUUCCCACGUUCGACCCACAGCACAGCGUCGACGUGCGCCUCCAGCGGGACAACACCGCGGCGAUCUGCGACGUCAACCUGCCCCCCGGCUGCCCGACGUGGCAGCGCACCGCCGCCUUUGUCAAAGCGCCCAACACCACGCACCACCGCGACGACGACACCCAAAUCUACCACUUCCGACUCGUCGGCACUCCCAGCAGCAAAUUCUGCUUCGCGAUCAGCGCCAAGCGACCGGAGACGAAGGCGUCGCCGGCUGACGUGCCGCAGUGGGACCUGGGGCGGGAGUCGCUGUUCAUGGCCUACUACUUCCGCUCGGGGAGCCUCCACUCCUACGGCAGCCCCGCCCUCUACAGGCGAGAGGCGAUCGAGGGAGCCCGCUACGAGGUGGGGGACGUCAUCAGCAUUCAGUUGGGUACCAAAUCGGCACGAGAAUCGCAGGACUUGCCCUCCGAGUGGAAGAGCCCGCUACGAUUAAUUGACCGAGGUGAGACGUCAAGGAAGGACGAGGCAGAGGCAGCGCCGGAGCGACACCCCUACGCAAUCCUCUACAAGAACUACCAGAUGGUCCACGACCCGCUGGUGCGUGCCGCUGCCACGGUCGCAGUGUGA